AUGAAAAACGACAAUGACGGAAAAAUAGAAGUUCUGACGGAGCAUUCAAAAAAAAAGAAAUAUUUAAAUUCUUUGUACAGAGAAGAUAAUAGAACCCACACACAAACACAAGAGAUAUCCACCUGUCACUCACUAUCAGAUGGGAAAAAAACAAAUGAACAUAUACUAAAAGAAAGCAUAACUAAAAUUUUACCCAAAGAAAAAACAUAUAACCAGAUGGAAAAAAUAAAUGAACAGUCGGAGGGGGGAAAUGCAGAACUCAGUCAAUACACUUGUGCAAAGAAAACACAGAGCGAGAAACUAAUGAACGAAAAAGUAAAUGUAGAUGCAUCUACAGUUAAUAUGCACACAGAGGAGCAUAUUAUAUAUAUAAACAAACAGAAUGAACGGGAAAAUAACAGCAUUGAUGGGUGCACCAAAAUAGCUAAGUUGGUCGGUAAAGAGAAGAGUACGAACGAUAAAAAGGAUGGAAGCACGAAUGUGCAAUGCAAGAGCGGCAGCAUGAAUGCACAGUGCAAGAGCGGCAGCAUGAAUGCACAGUGCAAGAGCGGCAGCAUGAAUGCACAGUGCAAGAACGAUAGCAUGAAUGUUAGUGGAAAAAGAGGAUGCAUAAAUGUGAAUGGCAAGGAAAGCGGCUUAUAUGAGGAUUCACAUAUAACACACGAAACGAACAGCAGUAGGACUCCCCGAACUUACACAAAAUAUGUCGGAAAGAAAGAAGGAAAGGAUACAGCGUUCGUUAAACACAAUAGGAACUGUAAUAUCCCAUCGAUGGCUAAGUCUACUAAGAGAGAGAAUAUACUAAUACAUAAGGACGAAAAAAAGAAAAAAAAUCCGUAUGAAACGUCUAAGGAGAAUAAACUAAACGUUUUAACAAAAAGGGUUAGGUGUCUAACUAUUUUUGAAAAUUCGAAAGAUUUACCCAAAGAGAAUAGUAACAAGAACUACAGUAAGAAUAACACAUCAGAGCAACAAGAUGAUCCUAAUUUGGAUAAAGAAAAGAAUAAGAAGAAGCAUGUACUGUUACUCUUGACAAGAGAUUUUAGAGUAAAUGACAACUGGUCGGUUAUAUAUGCAUACGAAAUAGCAAAAAAAAAAAGAAGUAAUUUAUUAGCAUGUACAUAUAUUAAUAGAAAAGAACAGUUUACUCAUAGAUACAUAGAUAUAAAACUAAAGGUGUUGAAACAUUUAGAAGAAAAUUUAAAAAAAGUAAAUAUUCCAUUUUAUGUCUUACCAAUAUAUAUGAUAGACGAGUUAAUGGAAUUUCUAAGAAUACAACAAAUUAACACGAUCGUAUGCGAUUUUCAUCCUUUAGAAGAACAAAAAAAUUUUAUACAAAAUCUUUCCUAUUUAGCAGUUAAAAAAAAAAUUAAAGUUUUUCAAGUUGAUUCUCAUAAUAUCAUUCCUUUAUGGUUAACAUCGAAAAAUGAAGAAUGCUCUGCAAGGACAAUAAGACCUAAAAUUCAAAAUCUGCUACCUACUUUUCUAAUCGAAUAUAUAAAUGUCGAAUUUUUUGAUCAGAAUUUUAUAUUCCCUCAAUCAUUUGUUAUAGAUGAUGUUAUUAAAAAACUUACUGUUUUUAAAUCAUGUUCUGUGUUGCCAAAUUUUGUAUGUACAGAAAAAAAGGCACAUGAAAUUUUGGACAACUUUUGCAAAAAAAAAUUGGACAAAUAUAACGCGAAGAAAAAUGACCCCAACAGUGACUCAUACACCUUGCUCUUGCCAUACAUAAAUUUUGGAAUUCUAUCUGCACAGAGGUGUGUGCUGGAGGUUAACAAAUACGCAUACAAUUUUCCUUCGAUAAAUACGGUAAGCGGAAAGGAGUCUUUCAAUGAUGACAUAAUAAUGAGAAAGGAGCUAGCUGACAAUUAUUGUUAUUACAAUAAAAAUUAUGAUAAUUUUAAUGGGGGAAAGGAAUGGGCAAAAGAAAGUUUAAAAAAACAUGAUGCUGAUAAAAGAGAACACCUAUACGAUUACGACGAUUUUAAAAAUGCGAAGACACACAAUGAUAUAUGGAAUUGUUGUCAAUUACAAUUAAUUAAUGAAGGAAUAAUUCAUGAAUUUUUAAAAAUGUACUGGGCAAAAAAAAUUCUGAACUGGUCAGAAAAUUCCAAAACUGCUCUAAAAUAUGCUAUAAAAUUAAACGAGGAAUUUGCAAUUGAUGGAAAAACGUCGAAUGGAUAUGUUGCAAUUAUGUGGUCCAUUAUGGGUGUACAUGACCAAAGUUGGAAUGAAAGAACAGUAUUUGGUAAAGUUAGAUAUAUGAAUUAUAAUGGAUGCAAAAGAAAUUUUGAUAUUAACAUGUAUAUGUCAAAAUAUCCAAAAGGGAAAGAAAACGCCUUAAUUGUUCAGAAAAUUCCAACCAUGACAUUUACAAAUUACAUAAAAAAAAGGAAAAAUAGCACUAUUGUAACAAAUACGGAGAAAACAAAUGAAAAACAGAAGAAGAGAAGCUUAACGAGUGGUACACAUAAACAUUAA